AUGCCUUACUUUGUGAAGCAGUUGGGGUUGGCUGAGGAAUUUCAGCUGCCGCUCUUUCUGCACGACCGCAAUACUGGGGGGGAUUUCCUCAAGGUGCUCGCGCAGCAUCGUCAGCGCUUUAAGGGCGGGGUUGUGCACAGCUUCACCGGAUCCAAGGAGGAUCUGGAACGGCUGCUUGAACUUGGACUUUUUAUCGGCGUGAAUGGCUGCAGCUUAAAGGGGGAGGAUAAUCUUGCUGUUGCGAAGGCCAUUCCACUGGAUCGACUCAUGAUCGAAACCGACGGGCCAUGGUGCGAGAUACGCAGCACACACGCCUCCCACAAAGUUUUGCAGGAGGUGGCAAAGUGCGGCGGGGUCUCGGAAGCAUUGCUAAGCCCCUACUACCCCGCGUGUCGCAGGGAAAAGUUUCAGGAGGGGGCGGUUGUCAAAUCGAGGUGUGAACCGUGUCACCUGCUGCAGGUGUUGGAGGUGCUCUACGGGCUCCAUCGCGGCGAGGUGGCGUCCCUGGAGAGCCUGGCUGCCACUAUUUACAGCAACACCCGAAAGCUCUUCCCUUUUCGGCCACACGACUUGGAGGCGUAG